AUGCUCAUCUACAAGGACAUCCUCACCGAUGACGAGAUCGUCGCCGACUCGUACGAUGUCAAGCUCGUCGACGACAUUGUCUACGAGGUUGACUGCGCCAUGAUUACCGAGGGCGCCAUCUCUGUCAAGAAGAAGAGCGAGAAGAACAAAAGACAACAGUGGGAAUGCUGGGAGAUGCUGCGAGGCACCAUCAACAGCAUAAGCGACAACACUGGCGCCAACGCCUCCGCCGAAGAGGUCGAGGAGAGCGUCGAGGAUGCCGACGUCAAGGUCAACAACAUUGUCAACUCCUUCCGUCUCCAGUCCACCCAGUUCGACAAGAAGGGCUACCUCGUCUACCUCAAGGGCUACAUGAAGGCCGUCAAGGCCAAACUGCUCGAGAAUGGCGCCCCCGCCGAGGAGAUUACCGCUUUUGAGAAGGGCGCCUCCGUCUACGUCAAGGAGAAGCUCCUCCCCAACUUCAAGGACUUUGAGUUCUACACUGGCGAGUCUAUGAACCCCGAUGGCCUCAUCGUCCUCCUCAACUACCGUGAGGAUGGUGUCACCCCUUACAUCAUUGUCUGGAAGCACGGCCUCAAGGAGAUGAAGGUCUAA